AUGGAUCAUGAUGAAGACUACAAAUCACUGUUAAUCCGGAACGACUCGUCUGAUGCUAUUCUAACACUGUACUUGUAUGCCCAAUGGGAUUGCAUUUGCUGGAUCUCCAAAGAAUCGAAAAUAAUAUAUCCCAGCGAAAAGUGUCUCUACCGUAGUAAGAAGAGAUUUCCCUUCGAGGUGGUCGCCAGACUUAACGACCGGAAAGAUGAGGAAAACAAAAAAGAAAGUCAAGCUGACAAAGAAGACAAGAAAGAUAAGCCACUAAAGAAAACACGGGUCCUCAGGGAAGUUCAAAAAUUGAAGGAAGAUAAACUAUUGAAGAUAACUGGUAAUAUUGGUUUAGAUUCACUUCAGGUCGUCGAGGGAGAUCUUGCCCAUUACCCUGAAGAUAAGCGAAUAUGCCUUCGAAAACUACAAAGAGACCAAGAGCUUAAAGUCACUAGAGGAGGACCUAACCUGUACGAAAUCUUAGGGCUUGAUAUGGCCAAGGUACGUAAAAUGUCAAAGGAAGAACAGAAAAAAGUGAUCAGAAGAGGAUAUCACAAACAAAUACGUUUAUGGCAUCCUGAUAACAAUUGUGGAGAUGACAAGAUCGCCAAAGAGAUCAUCAUUGCCUACAAGGUCUUAGAAGAUGAAGCUCUACGUGCGCGUUACAACAAUCUGGCUGACUACGACGGGGGUUGGCUUUCCUGGAGUCGUUUCAAAGCAAUUUUCAAGCCCGAGCGUGUCAAUGACGAACAGAAGAAGGCUUACAGAAAUAGAAUGUGUAUGUUUUUUGUGUCACUUGCGAUAACAGCUGCAGGUAUUGGUCUGACUAUUGGCACCGCUGGAUUGGCAGCACCAGCGCUGGUAGCAGUAGGAGCGGUUUUUGGAGGUGGACUUAUCGGAGGUGGAUUGCAGUCCUUCCAGUACACUUUAAAUAAGCGGGCCAUUGUAGACGAGUGUCUGGCUAAAGAAUGGCUGAUGAAAGCAGGCAUUGGUUUCCUUGGAGGAGCCGCUACUGGGGGUGCCGCUGCAGGAUUUACGGCAGCGAUAACCGGUCUUGGAAGCGCCGCUCUGGAGUCAGCUGCCAUCACUGCCGGUCAGUACAUAGGCGUUGGAGCAGCAAGUGGCGCUACAGGUGGUGUUGCAGCUUCUGUUGCUUCAGAUGCAGGGCGAAAGUUUGUUGAUGGUGAACAGAUUACUUUGAAGCAGGCUGUUGGACAUGCAGUGUUCGGUGGUGUAAUAGGUGUUGCUACAGGGAUAGCAGGAGGCGCCGUCACUAAAGCCAUUGUGGCAGGCCAAGCGUCUGCUGCAUCUGCCAAUAUUGAAGGUGAGGUAGUUGAACAAGUUGCUAUUGUAACUGGAGCAAGGCGUGUCGGUAAUGUUCUGGCUAAAACCAUUCCCCGAAUGUUAACCGAGAAUGGAGCAGAGGCUGUGAUGGGAACUAUGACUCGAUUUGCUGAGGAAAGACUAGAUGAUUCGGUUGAAAAUCGAAGUCCUUGUGAUCAUGUGGUGGAUGGAAUUAAGAACGUGGCUGCAAAUACCGUAAUGGGUACUGCUCGAGAAUGCACUGCUGCAGGUGUUUCUCAUGCAUGGAACGAAGUAAAGGUGCAUCGAAAAUUGAAGACAGAGUUGCAAAAUCCGCCUUCCACUGAAGCUAUAACCAAAACAGGUGAAGUCACACAACACGAAAGCCGUGGCCGAAUAAGAUUCAAGAUGGACAAAGAAAACAACGAACAUCUGCAUAAAUUGAAAGAUGGUGUGUGCUCUGCCAAAUAUCAGCCAUUGUUUAACGAAAACACCUCAGAACUCACAAGAGAAUCCAAAAAGAAACGUGAUCUACCUGAAGAAAAAAAAGAAGAAAGUUACUGCCACAGGACUAGCAAAUGGCCAUCCGGCUACCAACCGCUUAAAAACAAAGAAACAUCCAGCCAAUCUCUGCCUUCCGACCCGAAUGACUAUGGAGAAGAAAACGCCAGCACAAUUAUUCUUGAAGAAGCAAAUGGAAAAGUCAAAUACAUAUCAAAAGGAGCAUGGUUCUCCAAAAUGGUGGUCAGCUAUUUCUCAAACGGCGAAAAGGUUGUUGAAGAAGUUCGCGGCAGUGGCUCGUCAGUAGAUAUUCCGUCCGUUGCUAGGGAUAUAAAAGUUAAAUUUCAAGUGCGACGUCCCUUUUGGGGGGACAUUUGCAAAUAUGAUCGUCUUGGUGGUUUCUGGUGCAAGCCAGACCAGCCGCAUGUCUUUUGUUACGACUCUCCGCCAAUCCACCGCACGUUUACUAUCAGAGGUGGCCUGUGGUAUGAGGCUGUGAUGAGGGUAAGCAAUGAAUACCACGAAGAAACAAAAGAAAUGUGA